AUGUUGCUUGUUUUCCCCGAUGUUGAGGUGACGGCUAUUGAAGGAGCCUGCGGUUUGUCCACCAACGAUGUGGGCCCCGUCUGGACUGUUCAGAGCCUUGGUCGUAGCUCCAGGUUGGUUGAAUGCAGAUUCGUAGUUCUGUUGAUUGUGCCAACUGAGGAGCAACUUUCGAGCACCAUUCUAACCAUCUGUCAUUGGUUUUGGUGGAUGGCUAUCACUGGCUCAAAUGUAUAA